GGUGAGCGAUCAGCCCUCCCUCCCUCCCUUACUCGCUCCUUGGGCGGUAAUCACGGUAAUCCCUUGGCUUGGGCCAAUAGUGGAGUGCCGUGCCCCGGCCUUUACCUCAGCGUCGCUUAUCCUUGCGACUAGGAUUGGGACCCCGGAGCCCUGGGUCCACUGGACCUCACUAGAGGUAUGAUCGGUCGAGCGCUGCUGACGUGUCCAUCCCGAGCGAUUCAGUCUACACUCCGAAUCUCGCCCGUCUGGAGCACCACCCGCAGGCCCGCCACCGCCACCGUCGCGUCACGCUCGCGCUCAAGCUUAUCAUCGUUAUCAGCCGCCAGCAGUGGUCACCUCGGUCGAGUUGCCUUUCGAGCCAGUUGGUCCGCCAUCACCACCAUCGCCACCCGCACCAUGACCUCUAGCUCGAGUUUCCCAACUCUACCCCGCAUUGAGCUCUGCUCCGAUCUUCAAUCCGCGGAUUAUGACGGGAUCGUCGUGGUAUCGCAUUCGGUCUCGGACCUGCCUUUUGGCGACCUUCAGCGACCGUUAGCCACUAUCACGGCCAUUGAUAAGAAGGCCGAAGACGGACUUUUCAUCGCGCCCUGCCAAUUACCGGCCAAACGCAUCAUCUACUCCAGUACGGGUAAACUGGACCAGGACAGCGAUGACGUCCGCCGAUACGCCGAAGCGGCCGAGAAAGGCGUGGCUCGCGCCAUUGAGGCCGGUUGUCAAUCGCCUUGUCUGCUUUUCAAUGUCAAGAGUCAGUUCGCACAAGCCGGGAUCGUGGCCGCUUUGGGCGGGUUAAAGGCUUUGUACGUGCCCUUGGAGAUGCGCGAAGCCCAGCCCGACAAGGCCAAGAAAGUGACCAAGAUCGGCAUCUUUGGCUCGGAGGACCGAGUGGGAGCCAAGAUCGAACUAGUCCGAGCAUUGGAAGCCGGACGCAUCGUCAGUCGAGAUGUGGGAGGUUCCGACCCAGAGCGAAUGGCGGCCCCUAGGGUGGAAGAGUACAUUCGUCAAACGUUUGAAAACACGGGAAUCAAGAUUGAGGUCAUUCAAGGCCAACCCACCUUUGAGCAAGAGUAUCCCUGUUUCGCCGCCGUCAAUCGGUGUGCCAGUUCCAUUCCCCGACACGAUGGGCGGAUUAUUUGGCUCACCUAUGAACCCGAGGGCCCGGUGGAAAAGACCUUGAUGUUGGUGGGCAAAGGUGUCACCUAUGACACUGGUGGCUUGGACAUCAAGGCUGGUGGAAUCAUGGCGGGUAUGUGCCGAGACAAAUGUGGCGCCGCUGAUGUGGCCGGUAUCCUCAAGGCUGUGUCCAUUCUCAAGCCAAAGAACGUGAAGGUCGUGGGUGCCUUGGCCAUGGUACGCAAUAGCUGCGGGUCUGACGGCUACGUUUCGGAUGAGAUCAUCACAACUCGAGCUGGAGUUCGACUUCGAGUGGGAAACACCGAUGCCGAGGGUCGAAUGGCCAUGGCCGAUGUUCUUUGUCACAUGAAAGAAAAGGCUUUGAAUGAGGUGAACCCGCAUUUGAUGACCAUUGCCACAUUGACUGGCCAUGCCGCCAGGACCUAUGGAGACUACACGGCCAUCAUGGACAACGGACCGGCCAAGAAAGAUGGUUGCUCUCGCCGAAUUCAGGACAUCUCGGAGGAAUUUGGCAAUCCCUUUGAAGUGAGCACCAUUCGUCGCGAAGACUUUGAGCACAACAAAGACAAAUGCGGUGAUUACGUCGAUCUCCUUCAAUGCAACGUGAGCCCAGGCAAUCCGAGCUCUCGAGGUCAUCAAUGGGCUGGAGCCUUCCUAGUCUCGGCUUCUGGAUUGGACAAGCACAUGGUGCAAAGUGAGAAACCCCUCAAGUACUCCCACUUGGACAUUGCCGGAUCCUCGGGUUCUCUCCCAGGACCCAACAAAGCUCCCACUGUUGUCCCGCUAGUCAUGAAUGCCUUGGGAGCUUGGUGAACAAGAAUCAAAAUCAAAUUCAUAAGCUUAACCAAGUGCGCGAUUAACUACAAAUAUAUGAACUUGACGAUGUGGUCAAUCUGAUUUUCUAUCGCUUUCUCUACCUGAUAUGAAUAAACCAAUAACCGUGUCUGGCUCAUUA